ACAGAAGCUCGAAACAAAUGACAAUCGAUGAAAAGCCCUUCUUUGUUUGUAUGAACCAAGGAAUUUAAUCAAAUGGAAACAAAACAAGAAGUUAAUGAGAUGAGUUGUAAAAUAGUAAUAGAUGAUAGUGGAGCCGGUUCUGAUCCUUUGAAUACCAAUACAAUCAAAAUUGAAAUUAAGGAAGAGCCAAUGCUGGAAAAUAGGUAUGAUACAUUUUUUUAUUCCGACCUAAAGAGAUAUCCUAUAAAGACGGAAAUAGAAGAUAAACUUCAACCAGAUGAAAAAAAACAUACAGAUAUAAAAGGUUUCAAAAAGAAUAUAUCAAAUUUAGUGGAAACACGGAGGAAAGCCAAGCCAAGAAAGCCAAAGUAUAUAGAGAAAUAUAAGAAAAAGUUGGAAAUCAUGCAAUUAGAGCACGAGAGUAGGAUGGCACGGAUGCAACUGGAACAUGAACUCAAGAAGAAACUGCAUAAUAUUAGGAUGGAAGCGUUGAGAACAGAAAUGGAAAUGAUGCAAAGAGAAGCGGACAAGAGAAGACAGCUGAUGCAGCUUGAAUAUAAAAUAAAUAUUUUAAAAAGUAAAAUUAAUAAACAUUAAGUACA